AUGCGUCUCUCCACGGUCCUCUUCGCGGCGGUCGCCGAGGCCCAGUUCAACCUCCAGGGUCUGAACCACUUGCGCUUCGGGUGCGAGCAAAUCACCAUCGAGCGCCUGGAUCCCCUCGUGAACCCGGGCCAGGCCCCGACGCCGCACAUGCACCAGGUCGUCGGCGGCAACGCCUUCAACGCGUCCAUGGCCUCGACCGACAUCGCCAAGAUCGCUACCUGCACCACGUGUGGACCCGCCGACGAUUUUUCCAACUACUGGACGGCCAACUUGUACUUCAAGGCGCGCAACGGGACUUAUAAGCGCGUGCCCCAGAAGCCUAACCGAUUGCUGUUCGGUGACAGGUUCACGACCCAGACCAACGGAGGUGUCACGGUCUACUACAUCGCCCCAGGAAAGGGCAAGGUCACCGCUUUCCAGCCCGGCUUCCGAAUGCUCGUCGGCGACCCGACCAGGCGUGAGCCCCUGUACAAGUCGCAGAGCUGCUUCCGCUGCUUCUCUGGCCCAGACUACCAGGGCGACAACCAGGCCCCUUGCGCCGACAACAGGUUGGACUUUGAGGGUUUCCCCAACAUGGCCUGCCUCGGCGGCAUCCGUUCCAACGUUCUGUAUCCCACCUGCUGGGACGGAAAGAACCUCGACAGCCCCAACCACCAGGACCACGUCGCCUACCCUGCGAGCGGCCCUUCGAGCUUCCUGUCGACCUCAGACUGCCCCGCUAGCCACCCGGUCAAGAUUCCCCAGCUCAUGCUCGAGAUUAUCUGGGAUACUACCGGAUUCAACAACCAAGCCGACUGGCCCGAGGAUGGCUCGCAACCCUUCGUUCUUAGCACUGGCGACUCUACGGGCUACGGCCAGCACGGCGACUACGUGUUCGGCUGGAAGGACGACGCUCUUCAGCGAGCCAUGGACGACAACGGCUGCUUCAGCGCUACUUGCGGUAGCCAAAAGUCGCAGGAUAUCGCCGCGGCGCAGAAGUGUGUCAUUGACAAGACCGUCCUCGAGGACGUUGACGGAUGGUUGACCGAGCUCCCUGGUGUCCCCAUGGGUUAA